AUGAACGAAAAGUCUCUAACACAAACAGCAAGCAAACAGCCAAGACCCCAAAGCGAGCCAGCAACCGGAAGCCCCCCAAAAAGCUCUUUCAAACAUCCGCAUUCGAGGCAAACAACAUCUGUCAGUGUCAGACCAUCACCAUCUGUUGUGCGUUCAGUAUCACUAAGUCAGAUGCUGAAAUUGGGCAAAGUCAUCGUCCCAGAUAUUGAUGUGGUAACUCUUCGUCUUGAAGAGUUUUGCAUCUCAAGAAUGGAGUGGUUGGAACCUUUUGAGGUGUCACUUUCAUUGGAAAGAAAACCAUUUGCCAAUGGGGCAUUCCGUGAAGCGUUUUUGGCAAAAUCCAUUGCAGGUGUGCCUGAAGGAAAGUAUGUCCUUACGAAAUAUUUGGAGGGAGAGAAAAAAGGAAUCGAGGCACUGUUUCAAUCCAUAGAACUCCAAACACGAAAGUCGGUUCAAUUAAAUGCCUUAGCUCGUAAUUUUGCUCAAAGUAUGGCUUCGGAGGUCCAAGCUUCAGAAUUUGGAGAAACAUUUAUUUAUGGUAAGGUCUACGAUUCGUCUCUAAAUGGUGAGCCUGUAACCUUAGAGAAUCACCUAGACAGUGGUUUUGAGAAGUUUAUCAACAACACUGGAGAGGUGUGUGUGAGACCUGAAGAUGCUAGUGAACUAAGCCUUAAAACUGAGACAUUUGUUCAUUAUACAUUCCAGAAAUCUAACCAACAACUUAUGGUCACUGACAUUCAAGGUGUUAAUUAUUCCUUAUGUGACCCAGAACUUGCAACGGCUGAGCUGGCAGACCCUGAUGAUCAGGCAAUUCGUUUCUGCACUGGUAAUUUGUCAGAUACAGCAAUUAAAUCCUUUUUGACAUGUCAUGAAUGCAACAGAUACUGUGAGAUGCUGAAACUGUCAAAGCAACAGUGA